UGUACAGGCACCGCUUAGUGGGGAAAUCUCAAACAACAAAUCAAACGUAUUCAACCAUAUUGACUCUACGUCAGAGGCUUUCAGGCCAUGUGACCGUGUUGCAGUAUGGCCUAUGAGUAUGGACGAGCAGGCGGUGACAGCGAACGGAGGGAUUGUUCAGAGAAUGAUGUCUGUUGUUGGUGCUCACAGUCUGCUCAGCAGUGUGAGGGGCUAUGUGGACACCACAAUAAGGUGGUGCUGGAUCCCCAGCUGGUUGCCGUCAUGGUGUCCCACCUCUCAGAUGCAGCUGCAGACUGCAGAGGACAUGAUGCUGCGAUGUGUAGAUGGCACUUUCUCCAAACAGUAUGUCCCCAUCGCCAACGGCAACGUGCUGUGGACCCUCACCUUUAGCAGUGAGCGUGUCAAAGACAGAACCCCGCUGGUUCUGCUCCAUGGGUUCGGAGGUGGCGUGGGUCUCUGGGCUCAGAACCUAGAUUCUCUCUCGCAGCGUCGGGCCGUCUUGGCAGUGGACCUGCUGGGCUUCGGACAGAGCAGCAGGCCUCUGUUCUCCACUGAUGCCCAGGAGGCAGAGGAGCAGUUUGUGGAGUCCAUAGAGCAGUGGAGGGCUAAAGUUGGUCUGGAGUCCAUGAUACUGCUAGGACACAACCUGGGAGGAUACCUGGCUGUGUCCUACUCUAUUAAAUACCCUGGCAGAGUGAAGCACAUUGUACUAGUGGAGCCCUGGGGUUUCCCUGAGCGCCCCCACACACUAGAGGUAGACCGGCCCAUUCCGGUGUGGAUCAAAGCGCUGGGGGCCAUGUUUAGUCCCUUCAACCCGCUGGCUGGUCUGAGACUGGUUGGACCUCUAGGACCCACUCUGGUCCAGACUUUGAGACCUGACUUCAAGAGAAAGUUCUCCUCCAUGUUCAGUGACAACACUGUGUCAGAGUACAUCUACCACCUGAACGUGCAGACCCCCAGUGGGGAAACCGCCUUUAAGAGUAUGACCAUUCCCUACGGCUGGGCUACGAGGCCGAUGCUGCAGAGGAUGGAGCAGCUUCAGCCUCAGAUCCCCGUCACCAUCAUCUACGGAUCCCGCUCCAGCAUCGACAGCAACUCAGGCAGCAGCAUCAAAGACAUGAGGCCGCACUCUCACGUGGAGAUCAUAACGAUCCGUGGAGCCGGACAUUAUGUAUACGCUGACCAGCCAGAGGACUUCAACUACACAGUUUUGCACAUGUGUGAUAACGUGGACUGAAGCACAGAUGAGCUGGUUACUGACCUCUGGAGGAAAAGGGGAGCACCAGCAACUUCACUUCAGCAGGUGCUGUGGAAACACAGGAUUCUACUUUCUCAAAGCAGGAAUAAGGAAUAUUCUGUAUUUUUGUAUGUGUAUUUCUGCAUAUUUUUGUGAAGAAAUGCAAUAAGAAUAAUUUCUAAUAUGAUAUAAUGAUAUUAUAUGCAAUGACAUCUUAAAUGAUAUCAAACUGAAACCGAAUCGAUGCCUCUGCAUUCAGAAGGCUCGGGUCAUGUUUGAGGUACUACUAGUGCUUAACAUGUGGUUUGUGGUCUUUCCAUAUCAUUCUGAUACAGACAGGAAGCAUACAAGUACACCACUGCAUCAGCACUAGGAAGCAACUAUGGAUUUAUCUGCAGCCAACAAUAAUCUGUCCUCAGACAGAAAUGGUCAUUUGAAACCUAGAAGACACAGUUGUUCUGCACUCUGAAGCUGGAGCACAGCCCAACGGCCUUUUUGACUCCUGUUUACAAAAAAACACCUGAGAACCAUUUAAUGUAUAAUUAAAUUCUCAGUAGAAGCCUAUUUUUUUAAUUAUUAGAUGCCGAAGAUUGUCUACUGCUUUGAGGUCUUGAAAAGCGCUAUAUAAAUUCAAUUUAUUAUUAUUAUUAUUAUUAUUAUUAUUAUUAUUAUUAUUAUUAUUAUUAUUAUUAUUAUUAUUACUACUGAGCAGUGCUGUUUAGUAGUACUGUUUACACUAAUACUCUUUACCAGAUAAAGAUUAAGCCUGAAAAUAAUAAUUUAGCAGCAUUUGAGAUAAAUGCCAAAUAAAGUUAUUCUACAUGUUAAACUAAUUUGGUACCCCAGGAAUAUGAUGCUCAGACACAUGACACCCACAACCAUAUUUAAACAGAUGGAACAUGGUGGAUUUCCUAAUUGAAAUGCUCCGAUGUAAUCUGUGUCUUUUAAUGUUAAAAGGAAGAAAGUCACGUUGAUGCGCAAAUGAGCAGUGUUUAACAAGUGCACUGUGUCUGCACAGCAAUGUUAUUAUUUGUUACAGGAAAAUAUGUCUUUGUAUUUUUACUGAUUUUCUUAAAUUAGUUACUUAAGUCAUUGUAAACAUGUUAAAUUUUGUUUGAUUUUGCUCCCAAAAAAGUUCACUCCUGGGACAGCUCAUAUUUCAAAAGGUAUACAAUAAUAAAAUGUUAUGAUCAUAGUUCA